AUGGAUGGUACUUUUAACCAAACCAAACCUUUGGAUAGAUUGGUUGGCAAAGAGGUACUCUACUCGUUUGAUUUGAAGGCGGCUACCGAUAGGUGGCCAUUGGUCCUUCUCUUCGAAUUGAUGUGUUAUCUCUUCGACCGGUCGUUCGCAUCUGCUGCGGUAAACUCCUGCCUGGCCUUUAAUAGGUUUCAGGUUCCCUUCGUAAAUACUAAAGGGUGGGGCUUAUCGUUCAUUUGCGGACAACCUCUCGGGUAUUAUUCUUCUUGGCCUCUCUUUGCACUUUCUCAUCACUUUGUGGUGUGGUAUUGUGCCGAAAGAGUUAGACCAGGUCGUCAUUUUACUGACUACGCAAUCCUGGGCGACGACGUGAUAAUCGCCGACCGGGAUGUAGCCUUUAUGUACCGACGAGUCCUUGAUGAGUUGGGAGUAAAGAUAAGUGACCAAAAGUCGCUUAUCUCCCACUCCGGGUGUGGUGAAUUUGCGAAGAGAUUUAGAGUUAGGAAGAUGACUGUGGAUUUAUCACCCAUUUCUAUAAAGUCACUUCGUAACUUCUAUAACCCUUAUGGUCUGUAUGCAGUGUACGAGAAGUACUCGGUAAAGAGGUUCUCUACAUUGUGUCGCAUAGGGGGUCUUGGUUAUCGCGGCCUAGCCUCACUUACUUCUCGCCCUUCUAAAAGGACGCGGAGAUUAUGGGCUAUCUAUACCAAAGCCCUCUAUCGAUUCUCCCUUGAAUGGUGGAUCGGUCGUGGACGCCCUUUGGAUCCAUAUUGGAUAGGUUUUAUGAUAGAUUUCCUUAGGGAGUCUCUUAAACCAAAGGAUCUAAAGAUUGCUCCUGAGGAAGUCAUGUUGUAUACCUAUGCGGCAGCCCUCUCUCUCUAUUCCGGCUCGAAAGCCGUUACUUCCGAUCCGAUACAGUUGUUAGCAGGAAGACCUUGUUGUUAG